UAUUUAGUAACGUGAAAGUCGUGUCGCAUCGUUAUGUUUUAAUCAUUGUUUUUGCCACGAAUUCUUGUUUUAUUUAUUAAAAAUUUCUGUUUUAAAUUUUUUGUAUGAAAAAUGAUCGGUGGCGAUUAUACUUUGGAGCUGUGCAACGUUUUCCAUUCGGGACAGGUGGAACCAGGCAGCUUCUUCCAACGUCUCACUGGAGGAGUGAAGACAGGAGUGAUCCUUAAAGAUGUGUCCUUCACGACACACAGCGGCGAAGUCACGGCCAUACUGGGAUCUAAAGGUAGCGGUAAACGCGCCCUCCUAGACGUGAUAGCUCGUCGCGUGCCAUCAAAAGGCCACGUGCUACUCGAAGGCGUACCCUUAGAAGAGGAACAGUUCAACAUCAACUGCGCUUUGGUUCGACACUCGACAAGACUGCUGCCAGGACUGAGCGUUCAGCAGACAUUGGCCUUAUCACUUACUAAGAUUUCAGGGUAUUUGAAGUCAUCGAAAGUGAAACAAGUGAUGGCUGACAUGGCUCUCUCGCAGGUUGCGAACAAAUGCGUCACGAAUUUAACCAAAAGCGAAUACAGAAGAUUAGUCAUUGGAGUGCAAUUGAUUCGUGAUCCAAUUAUUUUGUUACUGGACGAGCCGACAUGGGAUUUGGAUCCUCUCAACACUUAUCUUGUUAUAUCGAUAUUAUCGAAUGCCGCUAAAAAAUACGGGACCGCUAUCAUACUCACAAUGGAAAAGCCUAGAUCAGAUGUAUUCCCAUUCCUGGACCGGGUGGUGUAUCUGUGCCUCGGGGAUGUAGUAUACGCGGGACCAACGAGGAACUUGCUUGACUACUUCGGCAGCAUCGGGUUCCCGUGUCCACAGUUAGAAAACCCGCUCAUGUACUACCUGUGCCUCUCCACCGUCGAUAGGAGAUCACGGGAGCGCUUCAUUGAAUCAAACCACCAGAUCGCGGCGCUGGUCGAGAAAUUUAAGAUCGAAGGUCAAGCCAUCAUGCAGGGCAAUCUUCAUGAAAACAAUCGUAUCGUAAACCCUAAUAAAGUACAAAUGAACUAUGGGAAGCCUGGCGGAUUUAAGACAGUGUGGAUGUUGUACUUACGGACUCUAGCUACAAUAUUCAAUCUUAACAAACACGGAUUCAAGCAAAUGUUUAUGAGACUUCUUUGUUUACCGAUAUAUUUUUUCAUACUUUGGAUUUUCUACAAUGAGGCAAAGGAUUAUCAACGGGCUUUCAUUACUAAAAGCGGUUUGAUCUUCAACGCAAUGGUCGGAACUUAUUUUGUCAGCAUCAUGAACACUAUUUGUCUUUACGGUCCUUAUAGAACUCGGUACUACGAAGAGUCCCAGGAGGGACAUUACAGCGGCGCCAGUUUACUCCUGUCUUGGAAUAUAGUUUCGUUGCCAUUUUCAUGUAUCACUUCGUUCGCUUCGGCUGCAAUUAUUUACCCGAUCUUGGCCGACAUUUCUGAAUCGUUGGACUACAUUCACUUCUCGUUGGUGCUGUGGUCGUCGUAUAUUUACGCGGAACAACAAACGAUCGCGAUAAUGGUAUUCGUUAAGAACGGACUGAACGCCGCCAUUGUCAACUUGUACAUCACUUGCAUUUACGUCAUGCUCGCCAGUGGAGUGUUAAGAUCCUACAAAGGCUUCGAAGACUGGCUCCACUACUUAACUUACAUAACGCACACACGCUACGCCUCGAUCUUCCUCCACCGGACCGUCUUCAAGCAACCGACCUUCAACAUUCUGCCCUACAGCGACCACGAGAAUUGCACGGGCAUCACCAGCCUCAUUCAGACCUCGUCGAGUUUAAACACGAAUUCAAACGCUAACUGCAGAUACGCCAGCGGGAAGGCAUUCUUGACUGAACGAUUCACGUCGAAAAGUUUCACGGGGGACAUUAACUUAGCGGGAGACUUCAAUUUAAAUUUCAAUCUCGGCGUGUCGUUUGCAUUCUCCGUCGGUAUUAUGAUUUUCAACAAAUUCCUGUAUCUGAUGCCUCUACCUAGCUAUAUAACCGAUAAAUUCAGAGAAUAAAACAUUUUUUUUUUUCAAAUGAUUGUAUAGAUUUUAAUUUUGUGUAAGAUACAAUAUACUAUUUAA